AUGGCGGGAAAGCCUAGAAAACGCAACUCGAGUUUGUAUUGCCAUUACCAUCAGGACCAUGGGCACACGACAGACAACUGCAGGAAUUUAUGGGACCACUUGGAACAGUUGGUCCGUGAAGGGAAAUUAAAGCAACUCUUGCAUCACUCCAGCGGAAGGGCAAGCCAAGCAGGUUCCAAGGUGCGUGGGGAUGCUUCAUCAAGGCUCCCCCUGGGUACGAUUAAUGUCAUCUUUGCGGCCUCGGGAAGGACUGGAUCUUGCCCCUCGAGAGUGUUGUCGGUGUCCCGAUCCCCGGCCGAGGAUCAUUCUCAGGCAUUGAAGAGAGCCAAGAGGCGUGUCCCCUUGAUUUUGGGUUUCUCAGAUGAGGAUCUGGUUGGGACCAUACAGCUCCAUGACGAUGUUUUGGUGGUAACAUUGAGGAUUAGUGGGUACGAUGUCCGAAGAGUAAUGGUUGAUCAGGGAAGCAUUGUGGAUGUGAUGUAUCCAGAUUUGUACAAGGGGCUAGGUUUGAAACCAGAGGACUUAACAACUUAUAAUUCCCCUCUAGUGAGUUUUGAGGGAAGGUUGGUCACUCUGAUGGGGCUAAUCAGGCUGCCCGUGCAGUCAGGCACGGAUGUGGUGGAGGUAGAUUUUAUUGUUGUAGAUGUUUUUUCUCCGUACACGGCUAUUGUGGGCAGACCUUGGCUUCACACCCUUAAAGCAGUUUCGUCCACCCUACAUCAGAAGGUGAAGUACCCAUCCGGAGACCAAGUGCUGGAGAUCGUAGGGAGUCAGGCGGCUGCUCGGCAAUGCCAAGUAGCGGCUAUACAGCAUCGGCCAGAGGCAGAAACCUCGGCUACCGCCGAUAAUGAGUUAUAG